AUUUUCUCGGGUCAGGUCCAGUUAACUGACUUGAAACUGAAACCGGAAGCACUGUUCGAAUUAAAUUUACCGAUCGAAGUACUGGCAGGAACCAUAGGAAAAAUAAAGGUACAAAUACCAUGGACUUCGCUUUGGAAUCAACCAAUUGUGGUGAAUAUCGAAGACUUACAUAUAGUCGUCGGACCCAUCGUAACAAACAACUCUUUCGACGCAGAGAAAAACAAACGACUGAUGAGGGCAUCGAAGAGAAGGAUGCUGGCAGAACUAGAUGACGAU